UGACAUUUUUACCCAGUUGACGGACAAAACUUCAUUUUUUCUGCUUUGUGAAAAAUUAUCGGUAUUUUGCUGUCACUUCUGCUUCUAUUUGACAAUUGAACGACAUUUGAGGUUUACCAGUUGGACCGUUUUAUAUAAAACGUGAAUAAGCACGUUUGAGCCAUUACCUUCAAUGAUACUGUGGUAUCGAUUUUGUUAAUUACGGGGAAAAUACAUAUUCACAAAUAUAGUUUCUAAAAAUGCUUUCGCCGGACACGUUGCACCACGAAGAAGUCAAUCUGGCGCUGGACAGACAGGUGCGCCAAGACAUACAAGAUAUGGCACAGGAGGCGCAAAUUCAAGCACAAAUUAUAGAGCACGAAGCGCGCGAUCGUUUUCAGUCCACAUCAAGCGUUGAGGAAGAUGGGCAUGAGGACAUUGAACACGACGGCGUUACAGUGCUGGGUGUCGUUGAGGCGGAUGACGAUGACGAUGGCGAUCAUCAUGAAACCAUUGUUGAAGAAGACUUGACCGAACACGAUUUGUCCGAUAUGCAAGAUGUUAAAGAUUUCAAGGACAUACUAAUGGAGUCCAGUGACGCCAAUGCGGACACUUCAUCAAUGCGCAAGCGACGUGGCAAUUUGCCGAAACAAUCAGUGAAGAUUUUGAAACGUUGGUUGUAUGAACAUCGUUACAAUGCAUAUCCAAGUGAUGCAGAAAAGUUUACGCUCUCACAAGAGGCGGAUUUAACUGUGCUACAGGUUUGUAAUUGGUUCAUUAACGCACGCCGACGUAUACUGCCCGAAAUGAUACGCCGAGAAGGCAAUGAUCCGUUGCAUUUUACGAUUUCAAGACGUGGCAAAAAACUCAACACAUCUAUAAACUCAUCAAACAAUCUUAGUACGUCUGGUAUUGUACCAAAUCCUAUUACUGGCAGUCCAGCUUCGGAAGUGAUCGUUGGCGCCACAGAGGAAGUGGAAGGCGAUGAGGUACAUGAUGGUGUGGCAAAUGUGCUUACGGCCUUAGGUCAUUUUGUGCAAACGCCAGGCGGCCACAUGGUUAAAGUCGAACCGGAUAUGGAUUACGAUGAUAGCGUAAUUUACAGGUGGCAACAGGCGAUUGCCGCCAAUCCACAGGGCUUUCAAAAUUUACAUCCGCAAAUUCAAGCGAAAAUUUUGGCAAAGAUUCAAGCAGCUAAACAAAGGCAAGCAGCGACAGCUGCCGCCGCCACAAUGCAACAAAUGCAACAGCCCUCAUAUAGUACAAGCACGGGUAUAAUGCAAGAUCCGAAUAGUGCUGCUGUUGCGGGUGUGUCAGCUACUGCUCUACCAUCUUCAAGCAACUCUGGCGCGGCUGUCGCACGUUAUACCAAUAAUACGAAAUAUUUCUAUUCGCAGACACUCAAUCAAAUUUUUCACAUCCAGAAUAGUAUGCCGCCUUCGAAGAAUUCACAUUUUAAUGCGUUGAGAUCUGAGGAUGAUAGUGUAAACGAAUAUGAUUCAUGCGAGCCACAGAGUGAAGAGGAAGGCAAAUUCGAAAGCUCAGACGCUUGGCAAAGUGUUAUGAAUACCGAGGAAGUAACGACCUCUAGUCCAACAGCAACGAAUAACACCUACUGGACGACAGCAUCGCAUCCGCAUACGACGACAGCGCAGUCGCAUGUGAUAGGCGCGACCACCGGAUCGACGACAACGGGUGCUAUUGGCAACAAUGUGAUAGCUGCUGCUAAUGUGAACGCGCUGGUGACACCCGUUGAAUUGACAGCUGAAGCUGGUGUUACAGUUGGUGCCGAAGCCACGGUGGUAACGUCGGGAGCCUCGAAUUUGGUCAAUAAUAACAAUAAUAGUGCGAGCGCCACCAAUAACAAUGCGAUUACGUCAUCUGUACAAGUCAUACAUCCUGGUAGUCAUUUGGUGAAAGGCGUUAUACGUGACGAUAAAGAUAAAUUCAAAUGUCUGUACCUGCUGGUGGAGACGGCAGUUGCCGUACGCCAACGUGAAAAGGAACACGAAGAUGAUGAUGUGCAUGUGCUAGGCAAUUAAUAGAAACUGAAAAUUAAGUCAAUCCUUACACACAUGCAAAUUUGCAUGUAUGGAGCUUAAAAAGUGGAGAAAUUAGUUUUGAAGCUGCGCUAGAAUACGCAAAAUAUUGAUUGCUCGCUUAAUAUGGGAGAAAACUCUGAACUUUUGAUCAUUUCUUAAUAAUGACGUGUGUGUGUAACAAGUGCUAGUAGUUUAUUUUAGUUACUAAAAACAAUUUUUCAUAUGCGCAUUUAUUAAAGUUGGUGGUGGCACUAGAUCAACAACAAUGUUUUGUACGUUUGCUUGUCACGGCAAAGUAUUGGAAAAGUAGAUGAACAAAAAAUUUAUACGCCUUGUUUUAUGCUGUGCUGACAGCCACAGGGACGCAGCGAAAGAACAAAAGAAAAAAAAAAAAAAAAUCAGCUGAUUUACCAACACCACCUUUAAUAGAGAUUCGCCUUGCCUUAAAUGCGCCGAAUGCGGUGAAUAUGCAACACUUCUUUAACUUUAAAACUUUCAAUCUUCAAUUAUCCAAAUAGUUAUUUCAUCUUCAUUUAGACUCAAAAAUGCAUUAAUUGUUAAAUGUUCAACAUGAACUCUAUUAAAUGCGUAUUAUAAUAUUUUUAACUGAAAAAAUUAAUAACUGUGUUUUGCGCUAGGGGUUUUUUAUAUAUUCAUAUUUAUAGAAAUUUGCGAGUUUUGUCGAAAAGUGCCAAAUGAAAGUUUGCUAGCUUAGAAGCCUCGCUGUUCUUUUUUUUUUGUGACUAAAAUACGAAAA